UUAAGCGUUAGUUCAGUUCGACGAAGACGUUGCCCAUCGACGUCGAUUUAUCUGUUUGCUCCUACUUCAAAGUUCUUAUCUGAUGUGGUCUAGCUAUUCGUCUUCCGUUUUCUUCAGAUUGAUUUAAGCUUCGAUGAGAGAAAAGAUAUUUAUUUUCGAUCGCGAUAUCUCGAGACAUACCCUAUGUUUCUUUCUAUUUUUGAUCAUCGAUCAAAUUCACGAAAUUUAAAUUUAAUAUUGUGAAUAUUAUCGUGCGAAUCUACGAAUCGACAUGACGAUCUCGGUGGCAGACACGGCACUCGACAUCGAAAAGAAGGCGAUCGAUCAUUGCACUCGACGCAAUCGUCUUUACAAUUGCUUAAUUUGGGUCUAUUGUGGCAUGUUCCUGAUGAGUUUCGUCAGUUUCUACGUAUUCUGGUACACCGACACGUUCUCCAACUUAGUGUUUUCGCAGAUGAAACUGCAGAACGACACUCGCAGUUUCAACUUGUGGCAACAUCCGCCUGUCAAGCUUGAAUACCGGGUUCGCAUCUUCAAUUAUACAAACGUGAGGGAGUUUGAGACAGGCAUGGCCAGCAAGUUGCGCGUCCAAGAGCUUGGUCCUUAUGUCUACCGGGAGACGAAGGAUCGCGUGAACGUGGUGAUGCACGAGAAUGGCACGGUGACCUUCCAGGAGAAGACAUCGUACGUGUGGGCAGACGGUAGUUCCGAGAACGACGUCGUCGUGGUGCCGAAUGUGCCGAUGAUGUUCAUCGUCGCGUUUGUCCGGGACUCAAGUUUCGCAAUUCGUUUCCUUACAAACACAGUAUUAUCGACUCUACGAGAACGAACCUUCAUCAAUGUGACAGCUGGUGGAUUCCUCUGGGGAUUCGAUAAUAGUCUCUUUCACAUGGUUAAACCAUUUUUGAUGUUCAAACGAGAUAUAUCAUUUGACAAGUUCGGCUUACUAGUUACAAAAAGCGGCGUCAAUAAAAAUUAUAUCACAAUGAAUACGGGAUCACAAGAUCUUCACAAUCUCGGCAUGAUCGAGCGAGUGAACGGAAUAAACAAUCGGAAAAUUUGGGGUGAUGAGAAGUGCGAUAGAAUCAUGGGUAGCGAUGGCAGCAUGUUUCCACCAUACUUAAUAAAAAAUACAAGUGAACCCCUUUACAUGUAUUCUCAUGAAUUGUGCAGGAAUCUACCUCUUCACUUCGCCGAACAAGUGAUCACUCAUGGCAUACCUUCUCUACGGUAUAAAUUGACACCUAACGCGUUCAAUCUUUCGGACACGCAAAACAAAUGCUUUUGCCCGAAAGUAAACGGUUUAAGAGUUUGCCCGCCGGCGGGACUCUUUGAUGUUUCCGCAUGCAAUGAUGGCGUACCUUUGCUUUCAUCAUUUCCACAUUUUUAUGGCGCUGACAAAUCCUUACUAGAACAAAUAGAUGGCUUGAAUCCUCGACAGGAAGAUCACGAAUCCUACAUAGAUUUACAUCCGCGCAUUGCGGUUCCCAUGGCCGGUUGGUCGAGAAUGCAAAUAAAUCUGAAAGUACGAAAAGCGAUUGGCGUACCGUUUCUUGGAAAUCUGAAGGACGGCACAAUUCUUCCGCUCAUUUGGAUAGAAGUUGGGGUAGACAAGGUUCCGGAAUUCAUAUUGGACAUCUUUCAAACCGCGUAUUUCACAGUGACCAAUGUGGAGAUGGCUUUACAAUGGGGCAGUCUCAUAGUCAUGAUGCUCUCCUUGAGCGCUCUGGUCACCUAUCUUUGGAAAUAUCACGUCCAACAAGCAGAGGCAGAGAUUCUUCAAAAAAAUCGUCCGUUUAAAUAAACGAUCUUCUCGAAUCGUUUUGAUCGAUAGUAAAAAUAGGUACAUGCGAAGGGAGUGUAUCCAAGAAGAAAAACGAAUUCUGAGGUAAUGCAAAUGAAAGAAAUUAAUUUUUGAAAGAAAUUAAUUUCUUAAACAGUUUAAGAUAUCUCUUAAAUUUUCAUCAAAAAUGUUUUUUAAAGUAUCGUGUUUGAGUCGAUAUUUCGUUGGAAUAGAGAAGAUAUUAUGUGAAAAACUUAGGUUUCCGUAAAAUUAUAAGCGGAAUUUAUAAUAACAUCUUGAGUGUAGAAUUUAGUAACAUUAAUAAUAUUGU